UUGUUUACCAUUUUAAAUUUGGCACGUUCUAUGAUUUUAGACGUUUGCUGGAGUUUUGUAGAACUUUCGUUAAAUUCUCAUCAUAAAUUUAUUCAGACAUGUAUAAAAAACUUAGCAAAGAAACAACCCUAUCAUCAAAAGAGAAAGAAAAACUUAAGCAGAGACUUCAGACGCUGUUUAAAAAUAGUGACGAGGAUAAAAAACAUGCCAGCGGUGAACAGAAAGGGAACAGCAGCAAAGCAGGAGGAAAACAACAAGCUCACAAACCGCAAGUUAAUAACCAAGAACAUAAGAGUGGAGUGAAGCCUAAAACAAAGUCACCACACGGCAAACAGAAUGCAGCGUUUGAAGAAUGUGGAAAACCAAGUUCCUCCCAAAAUGCCGCCGAUAAGAGGAAGGAAAGCUCAUUAAGAACCAAAUCGGAUGCAAAAUCAAAACAUAACCAUUCUUAUUUAAACACGGAAGGCUCUCAAUCAUUUGUUAAAAACAAUAAGAAGAAACAUAAGGGACGCCGAGAGAAUAAUUCCCAGAACAACAAUGAGGGAAAAGCGACCACAACGAAGGACUCACUUAAGGAUUACAAUCUUAAGAAUAAUAUGCAAAAUGGAAAGCAUAAUGCAAAAAGUAAACCUACGAAAAGUUUUAAUGCAAAACAAAAAGGUGAAGAAAUGUCCUCAAGUAAUAAAGUUCAAACCCAUCCCUUGGGAGAGCACAAUAAAAUAAACAAGGGGAAAGCGGCAAAGAAACGUCGUGCACCAAAUACUGACUCAAACACUGGCCAAGCAACUGUUGGGAAAAAGCCAAAACUAGAACAAAAUGCAGCUCCCAAAAAAGGAAAGAAGAAGAAAUUCAAGAAAAAUAAGAAGAAUGCACCUCAGUAUCCCAAUAAACCAGGUACUGGCGAGGUCAAUAUGAACCAUGUGCCAGGAUUUGUAAAGGGAGGCGACUUUGAUUGUGACCCAGACUCGGAUUAUGCUGGCGAUGCCUAUUGGCAACAGCAAUAUGCCAAAAAUUUUAAUGGCUCCGAAGGCUCUGGCGAUGAUGACUACGGUUACUUUGACUUCAAUCCGGAAUAUAAGGAACAUCAAUUACCUAUGGAUAACACGAACGAGAAUAUACCAGAAGAUGAUCCUUAUAAUUACAGCGACACCGAAGAUAAUGAAUCUGACUUUGACCCGUAUGAUUACAGUGACGUAACCGAAGGAGAGGAGGAUGAAGAACAUUAUUCUGACUUUGACGAAGACGAUUACGAAGAAGAUGAAGAUAGCUACGACUAUUCUAUGGACAGCGAGUUUUCAACGGACUUUGAUGAAAGCGAUGAAGAGGGGAUCGCCGGCGAAAAGCGAUAUGAUUUUAAUGAGGAUGAAAACGAUGAGGAUUACAAGCUACCAGAUGAUGUGCCCGAAGAUCUCAUAAUACACUCAGGAACAGCAACAAAACGUGACCUUCUACCAGAAGACAAUAUUACAUUUAAGGAUAGAAAACAUUGUCAAAUUAUCGAGAUAAAAAAUGCAAGAACCGUGAAGGCUAUUCAACAACCCAGCGCAUAUAAAAAAGAGGAAUUACUGAAAUUGAAUUACCGUGAAAACCAUACAGUUAACAUUUUCAAUCCCCCAAAUGGUGAUAGUCAACUUUCUCAACCCUCUCAACAAUCUGAUACUAGUGAUUGUCCCAAACUUGUGCCAAUUGUAGACCACGAUGGCUUUCAACUAUAUAACCCUAAUGAAGAGACUGAAGAAGAAAAAGAUGAUGAAGAAUGCUCCUAUGAAUAUUCACAUGACAGCUCAAUGGACAAUGUUAGUUUAGGCAGUGAAUAUUCUGAAAUAAAUUCCGAAGAUGCUGAUUCCCUGAUGUCAGAGGAUAUUAAUGAGAAAUACUUAAACAGAGAUAACACAGAGACCGAUAGCAGUGAUGAUGAUGGUGAUAAGAAAGAAACUUUGACGGUUGAUGUUAUAGAUGCAACCAAGUGUCAUUAUGUUGCAGAAAGGCGAGAUCAACAUUUGCAUGCCAAGGAUGAAGAUGUUGGUGGGAAUGAAUUGCCAUCACAAUUUUUAAGUAAACUCAUUAAAGUUGGCAGUAGGGGUAAAGUUUUCACAACUGAUGUGGUUGCCAAAGACAAACAAAAACCAAAACCUGACCAUAAUCAAGUCCACGAAGAGAAUAAAAGUUUGAAGGAGAUAAUCAGGGAAGAAAGUACAUCUCCCAAAAUUGAACAUAAAUCGGCACUAGUUACAGCACAAGCUGAGGAAAAGCAUAUAUCACCUUUGAAAUGUGAUGAACCAAGUACUCAACUGCAGAUCCAACCCCUUCUACCAUCUAAACCACCGACUGCCAAACAAAGUCUAGCCAACUACAAUACCAAGUUUUGUAAUGCCAUCAAUGCAAACUUAGUCUUAGUACUCGUCAAGAAUGCUUUCUAUAUUUAUGGCACUGUACGCAUAACGCUGUUAGCUGGCAAAAUCGAGGUCUAUGGCCAUUCAUUAGUACGCAACAAAGAAGUGGAGAUAUUUUCUCCACGUGGAUGCAGCGUUAUUGAAAUCUCCCCCUUAACGCUCACAGAAGAUGCCAAUGAAUCCAAGGAAAUAAUCCAUGCUACGUUAAAAGGCUAUGAGGCCAACUUUUUAAAAGCAGAUCUUGAAAACAUUUUAAAAUCAUACGAAAAUGGCAAGGAUGCCAUAGUGCUGAUGAAACGCAAUGAGGAACGCAAAAAAAUUGUGCAUCAAUUUAAGAAAUUUAUGAAUGAAAAUGUUUUCCCCAAUUUACAAAAUAUCAAUGUGGAUCGACCGUUGUAUAACUCGGAAUAUCUGCUUCGUUGUAUGAUAAAUACUUCUUCCACAGAGCAGAAAAGUCUGCAUUUGCCAGAGCAAUGGCAACAAUUUGAGGUUGCAAAACAAUCGAGAAUCUUAUUGGCCGGCGGAAAAGGUGUUGGCAAGUCCACUCUCUUACGUUACCUGAUUAACAGACAUCUGCAAAAAACAGAUAGAGUGCUGCUAAUCGAUUUGGAUAUAGGACAGCCAGAGAUAUUUGUUCCCCAAACAGUUUCAUGUUCGCUGGUGAGAAAGCCCCUGUUGGGUCCUGGCUUCUUUCUAAAUAUGCAGCCAGAGAAGGCAUAUGCUGUGGGUCACACAAAUAUUGCACUAUGUGCCCACAAUUAUGUGGCAGCAGUACGCCAGCUAAUCAACUACUGUCGAUUGCAGCAAGACUUCGAAGACAUUCCUUGGUUGGUUAACACAAUGGGUUAUAAUAAAGGUUUUGGUUUGGAGCUUAUAAGUCUAAUCAUUCGAUCUCUCGAUUUAACCGACGUCAUACAAUUACAAAGUGGCAAGGAUAUUAAUAAUUUUGAUAGUUUACUCUAUGCAAAUGUGGUUGAACAAAUGCCCCGCAAUAUGUUUGCUGGUGAGGACAGCAAUGAAAUGAGUGCUCCCAAACUACAAUAUAGAACCCACAUAUGGCAAUCGGCAGUCUUGCAGGAAUCGCGCUAUCAAAAGGAAUGGGACAUGAGUCCCAAGGAUAUAAGAUAUUCCAUGCUAUUGACACGCCUGAGUAUAGCUCUUUGCGGUCAUGCUGAAUGGCUCACAGAUUGUAAGCCUUUAAGCGCUCCCCUGGACCAGCUUAAAUUGGUUAACUUAAUGGACAACAUACCCCCAAGUUCAAAAGAUGAAUUGGCCAAAUCAAUGGAAGCCAAUGUGGUGUUUUUGUGUCAUAUUGGAGAUGACCCGGACGCCUUAGAGUGUUUAGGAAUUGGUGUGGUACGGGCCAUUGACUAUCAUGUGCGACAAGUGUAUCUCGUACCAGCAAUGCACAUUUCUUUGCUGAAACAUGUUAAUUGUCUUGCUUUGGGGGAUAUGCCUCUACCCAAUGCCAUGCUCACCAAUCAAGGGUCUCGUGUCAAAAAUACAGCACCAUUUGUGUACAACACCAUUGAAGAUAACGCCUCCAAGGCCAUUAAACAGAUUUACCACAGACCUAAAGCUUUUUUAUCGGGCAAACGUAAGCCUUUAAAUUAAGAUGUAUGUAACGUACAAUUUUGUAUGGAUUUUUUGUUUUUCUAUGUUUUGUUAGCACUGAGAGGAAAAAAAAGAAACUGAAAUAUAUACCUUUU